AUGGCCAACAACGCCGAAGCUUCUGGCUCCAACCCCAUGAACCUCAUCUCAAACAUUGAGCCUCUUAAUAGAGGAAACUACAGCAAGUCGGCAGAGCAAGUUGAGAUGGCACUUGCAGACAUUGACUUAGCUAUUACCACACCGUGUCCCACAGCUCCUGUGGAACCAGUGAGGGGUGAUAGUGAGACUGCUGGUGAUUGGCAGGAAAGAGAAAGGGCACAUGUUGUUGUGCAAAUGAAGUAUGAUCUAGAGAAAGCUAAGUGGACCUCAUCCAACCGCAAGUGCUUGAUGGUAAUCAAGAGUUCCAUAGUGGACACCAUAAGGGGAGCAAUCCUAGAUGCUCCCACUGCAGUUGAGUAUUUGAAGAAAGUGGAGAGUCAAUUUGUUGGCUCUUCAAAAGCUUAUGCUCAUACUCUGAUUCAGAGGUUGGUUGUUAGCAAGUACAUUGGUGGGGGCAUAAAAGAGCAUAUUCUGAAGAUGAGUAACAUGGCAUCUAAGCUUUAUGUGGAAAUGAAGCUUCCAGCUCCUUUCAUUGUCCACUUGGUUCUAGCUUCCUUGCCAAGAGAGUUUGAGACUUUUGUUGUUAACUACAACAUCAGUCCAGAGCAGUGGGAUUUGGAGAAGCUCAUUGCUAUAUGUGUGCAGGAAGAGGAAAGGCUUAAGGCUUCACAUGGUGACUCUCUCAGUUUUGUGAAGCACAACAACAAGAGAAAGGACUUUCAAGAUAAGGUCGCUAAACCACAGGGGAAACCUCGGUGGGAGAAAGGCUCUUCUUCUCAUGCACCCAGCAAGGCUCCAAAGAAAGAUCAGCCACCAGCAGAAAAGGAUGAGUGCUACUGGUGCCGCUCAAAGGAGCAUCGGAAGAAAGACUGCCCAGCAUUCCUGAAACACUGCAUCAAGAAAAGGUGA